AUGUCGAAUCCAACCGAAACAGGUCGCUACAUACCUGUAGAAAUCUCGCAAAACUCGGGACUCGCAGAUGUGUCAGCGGACGACGCAGUUGAGAAUACGGGAGAUGUGAGCAGGAGUCGGACCCAGUAUAUCAGGCGUAGGAAGAAGAAGCCACAUGCGAGGAAUGCGAGCUUCAAGGUUAUGUCAAGGGGCGAAGAUGAGUUGCCGCCAGAUUGGACCGUCGGCCUAGAGCUGUUUGAAGGCCAACAGGCUCCACUUGUCGUCAGACCUGAAGGCUCGGACUCUCGGGGUCGUGGCAAUGAUGGCCUUGCUUCUCACCCGAGUGAUGCUUCCAGGAUCGCGCGCAACGCUACAUCGGUGAUCAGGCAUUGGAGAAACGUAAUGUCUUCCUCAAAGCUCCCAAGACAGGAGCAGGAUGCGGAAAGAGGGGAAGUGGGAGCCCCCGUUUCACCUCCAUCAACUCAGCUCCCGAGCGAAUCUAGCAAUAUAUCUCGCGUACGGACCAUUCGUGUACCCCCUUCAGAAAGUCAAGGCGUUUCGACCCAGUUCACAAUGUCGCCCACAACGACCAACGGACCUCUGGAACCAAUGUCUCCGAUAUCAAUAGGACCAGACCACCCUCGAGAGGGUGCCAGUCAAUUUUUGGAAUCGUCUAGUUUGCCAAAUCGCUCUUCGGGGACAAGGCGACAUUCACGGUCUCGUUCUAAUUCAUCGGCAUCCUCCAGCUCGGAUGACGGCGCGGAGACGCCACGACCUGUUCACGAGAAUCGAUUGAAACGGUUUGUUCGACUAUGGAAAGAGGAGGUUCCAAAGCUCUCAACGCUUCAGCGCAAUAUCCUAAAAUGUGCGAUCGCAUAUUUUAUUGGGAGUCUGUUCACUUUCAUCCCCUUCCUAUCCAAUCUUGUUGCGCGUCUUGGGAGCCUUGGGCGGCCGGGCGGAAACCCCUAUCGUACCGCCCAUCUCGUUGCAACAGUUUCUGUUUACUACAACCCAGCCAAGACGGCUGGUGGAAUGUUCGAAGCAGACGUGUUCUGCUUGAUGGGUGUUUUAUUUACGACGCUCGUCACCUGCGGCUCCGUCGUGUCUUCGCUACUGGUCGACAGUGGCAUCGGUCUAGAGUGGCUAGGUGACUUUGUCAUCUUUGUCUGGCUCGCAGUCUCCAUCAUGAUCAUCUCUUGGAUGAAGGUCUGGAUUAACAAAGCGAGCUUCAAUUCUGCAGCGAGCAUGAUGUGUAUCAUAAUUUUCAUUGUGGUCGUGAAAGAGGGUGGAUUCGCGACCCUCCUCCAAGUUUUGGUCAGCGUUGCAUUUGGUGUGACGAUUGCAAAUGUCGUCUGCUUCAUUCUAUGGUCUCAGUCAGCCACUGAGAAUCUGCAACGUGACAUGAUUACUUCACUAGACUCCUAUGCUACGCUUCUCGAUAUGCUUACGUCCUCAUUCAUCCUUGAUCCUCGUUCCAAGGAUCGUGUUCGACUUAUCCGAGCCGUGGAAGCUCAUCAGGCUGGUUUUACUAGUCUCAAGAGAAACUUGGACGAAGCAAGAAGCGAAUGGAUUCUUAACCCACCAGAUGCACCCCCCGGUAAACGGUCGGUAGGACAACAAAAGCUCAGUGACCUAUACGGCGAAGCAGUUGACUCGCUCAACCGUUUAGCCCAACAUCUGGCCGGGCUUCGUAGUGGAACCAAACUUCAACGCGACUUGACAAUGGUCUUUGGGAGGAGAAAGCUCCAAGACAAGCUUAAGAGAGAUGCUGAUAGGAUGGCCGCCGGGAUGUUCAAAGUCUCCGAAGUGACAGAUGAUGAGGAGCCGCUGCUCAAAGUCAACAAAGUGGACGACGACGAAAUUGCUCUUGACGCCGCUGCAGCAGUGUUUGGAACCAUAGUCGACGACGUCGGUCCACCUAUGGUUGCCCUGACAGAAGCUUGCACAGGAACCUUAAAGAGCAUGCGCACAGUGUUGAUCCAAGACAGACAACGAGAAAAGCAUGCGAACUCAUGGACUGGUGCAACCCACUCUCAUGACGCCCAUGACUUCUCCGAGCUUUCUCACAAAAUUGAGCGCGCGCUGUUUCUUUUUGAUAGCACUUCGAAUCAGGCAUUGAUGAGGUUGUACCGACGAAGCGCGAUGACCACGGAUAACGAGAGCAUGCACUCCACCAAACUUCACCAAGAGGACGACGAAACCAUGUUCCUCACCUACUUCUUUAUAUUCACUUUGCAAGAAUUUGCUCGAGAGCUUGUCUCUCUGGUCGAAGUCAUGGGCAAGCUUCAUCAGGCGCAAGAAAACGCAUUAGCAUAUCGCGGGUUGCUAGGUUGGCUCCGACGAGUGUUUGGCAUAAGAGGGAAGAAGACGGCGUAUAAUAGCACUCGUAAUACUGCGCCCAAUUAUGGGUCUAUCACCAGUUCUGCGGUUGGCAAGCAAGCCUCAAGACCAGGCAUACGCAAACGCUUCUCCAACCUUGUACCUAUAGAGCCAUCUCGCACCCGCCUUGCAUUCCCAAGAACGCGUGCUCACGCGCCCAACACGUAUCAUACCCCAGCGCCAUCCUCCCUCUCUCGUCGAGGUCGGCUGAAGCAACGUAUUUGGGCAAUUUUGCACAAACUCAAGGAUGGCGAUGUGAGAUACUCUGUAAAAGUCGGUGUUUCGACUGCCAUCCUUGCAAUCCCUGCUUUUAUCGACGCGACACGACCCAUGUUUGUCCUAUGGAGAGGUGAAUGGGCGCUCAUCUCGUUUUUCGUCGUGAUGGGACAAACCAUUGGUGCAACUAACUUUCUCGCCCUACACCGUAUUAUGGGAACUCUUCUGGGCGCCGGCGUUGCAACGCUUGCCUUUACAUGGCUCAGCGACUAUCCAAUCCUUCUCGCCAUCUUUGGAUUCAUUUUCUCCCUUCCUUGCUUUUACUAUAUCGUCAGCAAGCCGGAGUAUGCGACAAGUGGGCGAUUUGUGCUGCUUUCGUACAAUCUCACUGCUCUCUUCUGUUACAAUUCGCGUGCGGAGGAUGUCUCAGUCUUCGAAGUUGCGAUUCACAGAUCGAUUGCGGUCACAACUGGCGUUGUCUUUGCACUUAUCGUAUCAAGGACUUGGUGGCCAGCUGAGGCUCGGAGAGAACUGGGCGUCGAGCUGAGCGACUUCCUCCUCAACCUCGGAUGGAUUUAUAACCGGCUCGUGCUGACGUACUCUGUCCCACCUGAAGUACUGGCCCAGUCCGCUGGUUCUGAGCUAGGUAUCACCCUCCCUAUCUUAGGCUCGACGGCUGCCUUGGUCGACGGGUAUAUAGAAAGGCCAGACGAGAGAACUGGACUGCUUGGCGCUGCGUUGGCGACCGGAUUGAACAGCAGCAUUCGGGACUUUAUGGCAAUGGAGCUUCAUUUGCAAAUCAAACUCAUUCACCUUCAGAAGCUUCUUUCGCAGUGCGCCCACGAGCCUCGUCUCAAGGGACCAUUUCCCACUGCACUCUACCGGUCCAUCUUGAUCAGUCUCCAGAUCAUAUUAGACUUAUUCCACAGCAUGCGCUGCGUCACAACUCGUGAAGAGUGGUAUACGAGUAUUCGACGAGACUUUGUCAUCCCUGUCAACAAACAGAGACGCGAGAUGGUCGGAAACGUCAUUCUAUUCUUCUCUGUCCUCUCUUCAGCUUUCCAGCUCAAGAAGCCGAUACCUCCCUAUCUUCCUCCUGCUGAACGAAGUCGACAGUCGCUCGUCAGUGCGCUGAAAAGGCUGGAAAUAGUCAGGGAGCGGAAGGUCCAGAGUAGCAGACAGCUUCUAUACUUUGCGUAUGCGCUCAUGAUGAAGGGCGUUAUUGCUGAACUUGAGGUGCUCGGUCGUACCGUUCAAGAGGCCUUUGGAGUGAUUGGACAGAGGGUAGAGGAUUUCGAAAGUCUGUUCCAAGAUGAAGAAGCGACGCACAUUUUACGAGCCGAAACGACUUCGAGUUUACAAUAA